AUGUACUUUACUCUCUACUUCCUCGUCACCCGCCUCCCUGACACUCUUCGUUCAGUCAGGGACCACUUUCUCGCCCUAGACCCUACCACUCUCACUGUCGCCGACUUUGAGAAGCACCUCCUAGCAGCGGAAAAGAGUAUUCUCGCUGUAGUGGGAAGCGCCGCGGCGCCAGGGGCAGCAAGGGUGGCAGGGGAGGUGGAGGUGGCGGUGGAGGGGACGGUGGUGGAGGCGGCGGGUGAGGUGGAGGUGGUGGGGGUGGUCGUGGGGGUGGAGGCGGUGGUGGGGGCGGCGAUGGUACCGGGAGCGGUGGAGGUGGCAGCGGCGGUAGUGGGGGAGGAGGGAGCGGUGGUGGCAGCGGCGGUGGGGGCUGGAGUGGGAUCGGCCAGAAAGUGGGCUCCAAUGGUGGCCAGGGGCAGCAACAGCAGCGUCAGCGCGAGACCCCCACGACUCAGCAGCUUUGUGACUUGUGCAUUCAGCGUGGGGCGUCUGGGGGUCCUACCUGCUUAG